CUCACCAUUUGAACCUAACAUCACCGUGGAGAUGGCUCUUUUGGUUUUCCUGCUGUGUUCAGGAUUAUUUCACUUUACCUUCACUUCAAACCGUUUACGAAUGUUUGACAUCGGUCCUCGUAUCAAGUGGAGUGGCGCAUCCAACCAUUGUAUUCAGAAUAAUGAAUCACCUGUAACUCUGUAUGAUGAAGAGGACGACAAUUUCACAGAGAAGUUUCGGGAUUCAGAGACAAAUUAUGGUAUCUGGCUUGGCCUGCGUAAGAGUCGAAAUCUUACUUGGUCCAACGGUGACAAUGUCAGCUUCAAUAAAUCAUCUGUGAGUUUGACAGAAGGGGAGCAGAUGUGUGAAGCUAUUGACAACGACACAUGGACAGGUUAUACUUGUUCAGAGAAGAAACAUUUCAUGUGCUCCAAAGAUGGUACCUACACCCUGAUUGAAAAGGAGGCGGAGGACUGGUGUCAUGCUCUGAAAUACUGCAGAACGCACAACAGUGACUUGGUCAGCAUCCAAAGCGAAAGGGAAAAUGAGUUAGUGCUUGAAAAGGGAAACAACAGAAGCUUCUGGAUAGGACUCAUGCACGAUAAAUGGGAGUGGCAAGACAACGGCUGCUCUUCAUUCAGAGAGUUGACUAUUGACCCAAGACCAGGAGAAGAAAAGGAAUGCGCAUAUUACCGACAUGGAAUAAUGUAUGAAGUUGGUUGUGGUCAAUGUCAUAAUAGCUUUUGCUCCAAAGGUGACAUGAGAAUCAAAGUGAUCAAUAAGAAUUUGACAUGGGAAGAAGCCUUUGAAUACUGUGAGACCAAACACUCAGGCCUGCUGUGGAUUGAGGACGAGGAAGAUCAGGAUGCUGUCGAACAAUGGCUCGAACGCAGCGAUGUGGUUGGUCCGUUCUGGAUCGCCCUGAGGCAGAGUCGUGUCUUUGGGUUCUGGAUCUGGAGAGACAGUACAGUGUCUUACAAUAACUGGAAGAAUGGAUUCGUGCCUGAGUCUCCUUCCUCACACAUAUGUGGUGUCAUCAGCGACAGGACGGGCAACUUCACGUGGACGGAUGAAAACUGUUUGUUUGAGCAUCCUUUUCUUUGUGAGGAGGAGAUUGUAUACACGAAUAUGGGUUUGACGGCUGAUCAUGGACAUGAAAAUCACAAUGAAUGAACUGACUUUAAAUAGAUGUAUAAUGUCAAUAGAUUCCACAUAACUGUAUUAGGUUUGUUGAAGGCAAUACAAUAAAGUUUUUAACUUGAUAUUAUCGCUUUCAACUAACCGAAUAGAGUUCUGUGAAAUGUGUUGACAUAAAACAUUUAAUCAAAGUCAACGUUUCUGUUUG